CGGCUCCGCCUCCUUCACUUCAGUCAACUAUUUUGGUCAGGUACGCAUAAUCUACAAUAUUGUUUUAAAAUCUAACAAUUUGCGCAAUUCAAGAGAUUUAACGGUGCCAGAAAAGAAGUCAUCAGUGUCAACCUACUUUAAACGGGGUCCGACCGACCCAUUUUGUCCUUCGCGGAAAUCUUUUCUUGCGGCCCAGCCUCUCCCAGACUCCGCAUCCAGUGGCCCCCAGGUAAACUCAGCGGGACGCCAUGGUGCCUCAAGUCCGGCUGCGGCUGCUUCCCAGCGCCAGGUGUUUGUUCGACGAGCCCAUCCAGGUGAUGGUGGACCGCCUGAAGCCCAGACAGGUGGUCACCAUGCGGGCCAAGGCGACGGACGAGAGAGGGGUGGUGUUUCGAUCCUCCGCUAUCUACCGGGCGAACGGGAGCGGCGACGUCGACUUGCAGAGGGACCCGGCGCUGAGCGGGAGUUAUGUAGGCGUGGAGCCCAUGGGCCUGCUGUGGUCCAUGAAGGCCGACGUGCCACAUAAGUACUUCCAUUGGAACCUGGCGCUGAAUCCUCACGUGGUCAAGUUCAGUGUGCAUGACGGCGUUCCAGAGGAAGACGACGAAAACAGCGCUCUGGCGGAGGCCAUCAAUGAGCGGUGUCUGAUUGCGGACGGGGUCAGCCGGGUUGUCGUCAGUCAAGAGACAUUUAGUGGUGUUUUGUUCACCCCUGCAGGUCCAGGUCCCUUUCCGGGUGUGCUGGACUUGAGCACCUUCAUGUGUGAGAAGCGAGCCAGUCUGUUGGCCAACAAAGGCUUCAUGGUUCUGACUAUUUCCGUGUUCAACGACAAACCCGCCAGCAUCAAGCACUUAAACCUGGACUACUUUGAGGAAGCCGUCCGGUUUUUACAGCAACAACCCAAAGCAGGCGGUCAAGGAAUCGGUGUGCUAUCCAGGUCCAAGGCAGGAGACAUCGGUCUGUCGCUGGCGUCUUUUACCUCGUGCGUGAAGGCGGUGGUGUGGAUCAACGGCUGCAGCGCAAACAUCGGCCAUCCCCUCCACUACAAGAACCGCCAAGUGCUCUCCGUCAUGGGCUACAACCUGAGCAAGGUGAUGCCCACUCCCUCCGGCGCCAGCAUCGUCAAGUUCGGCGUGGGUGAUCCCGAAACCGAGGAGAACAAGGGCAGCGUUGUGCCCGUCGAAAAAGCCAACGCGCAUUUUCUCCUGGUGGCGUCGGAGGACGACCUCAACUGGGACAGCAAGGCCUUCAUGGAGAGCAUCGAGCGGCGGCUGAAGCGCGAGGGGAAGAAUAACUUUGAGUGCGUCUGCUACCCGAGAGCCGGACACAUGCUGGAGCCGCCCUACAGCCCGUACUGCCAUUCUGGCCUGCACGGGAUCCUGCGCUCACCCGUCUUGUGGGGCGGGGAACCUAAAGCCCACGUCGACGCUGAAGUCCACUUGUGGAAGAAGGUGGAGGACUUCUUCAGAACUCGACUGACCUUGACUUCUAAAUUAUAGACUCGUCAAGAACGACGGGAGGGACUGAAGACCAAUCUAGAACAUUUUAAUCUUCAGAACUCGACUGACCUGCAAAUUAUAGACUCGUCAAGAACGAUGGGAGGGACUGAAGACCAAUCAAGAACAUUUAAAUCUUCAGAACUCGACUGACCUGCAAAUUAUAGACUCGUCAAGAACGAUGGGAGGGACUGAAGACCAAUCAAGAACAUUUAAAUCUUCAGAACU